GUCACUGCCGCCGGCGGUGGCUGAGGCAGUGGGCAGUGGGCAGUGGCCUCGGCCAACCACGACACGCCCUCGGUCGGCCAGUUCUCUCCGCCGUGCCUUGCAGCGCUGGACUCUAUCGCAUUCCCCCGCGUCGGCAAGCUGUGGUACAUAGUCCAAUGACGAUCUCAUCCAGGCUCUGGCGUCAUACAUAUCACAAUCACCUGGCAGGUACUCCUGGCUUAUGUUUCGUCACCAUGUAAGCCAAGAGUGCGAUGUCGCCAUCUCAGCAGACCUUCUUGAGGUGCUCGCUCUUGUUGUGAAUUACCAUGACACAUGCUUCCCGAUGCCGGCAGUCGCAGCAAGCGGGCAUCUGGGUUCGAGACUUCAAGGCCAGGUUACCAACCCGUCGACACGCCCCAGACACCGCCCUUUACGGCACUGGUGCCCCGUCUAUGCUCCAGGGGUAAUCGCAGGAUUUUCAGGGUCCAAGCUGCUCGGCUCUGUCCGCGAAGGGGGUGUGGUGCCACUUAUGUGGUUAUUGCAUUUAUGGGACCAAAUGCUUAGCCCAACACUGUUUCCAUCGUGGCCACUUUGCUUGAUCGGCGCCGCCCGAUUCCUGCCCAGUCGUUUUACGCAUGUGCCUGACGUGCCUGGGCCAAACCCACUCCGUGGUUCAGACGACGCGGACGGACCCUCUUCCGUCUCCAUCUGCGCCGGCAUCGUCAGUCUUCUAGACCGCGCUGCGGAACCCAUCUUCCCCGAGGAUGCCCAGGCUUUGUGUAGAGGGCACAUGCCUUUUUGUCAUCACCGCUUACAUUGCAAAUGGGUCCUUUGCGAGCGCUACCCAGCUCGAAAAGUCACUCCCGCAUUCCCCGGGCCUGGCACAGCUUGAUCUCGCCCAUGGCGAGCUUGUACGCCAAGUGGAUGCUACCCACAACGGGCGAGUUACGAAAUCUCACGAUGUUCGCUCGACGAGGGAUGAGGAAUUCACUUCCCGCCUGAGAGCACGCAAUUUGACCGUGCUGGAACAGUUCUUGCUGGCAGAACCACUUCCCACGAGCAAUAGAGUCCGGGUAUU